AUGGUCUACGGGCUUGCAUUUCUCUGUUUGGCAAUCGCCGCAAACGCAGUGAGCCCCAAGUCUUUGGAUUCGGAUAUUUCCAUUCUCAUUCACAAUGACCUUCUAGAAAGCGAAAGUCCUUUAUCAGGUUCAGGAAUCCUGGUGCUCGAUGCGAGACCAUGGCAAGAAGCCACUGAAAGCUGCCAAAAAAUUGGAGAGACUCUCUGGGGGGCUGGUUCUAGUUACAAGGAUAUUCAAAAUGACUUGGACUACCUUGUAUUCCAAGGCAAAUACACUCGCAACCAACGGUUUUGGACUGCCUCGGACCAUCGCAAACUGUCCACCAUCGACACAAAUGGUCGGGUCAACAAAGUCUCUGCGAACGAAAAACAGCCCGUCCUUUGUACACAAAGUGCACCCUUAUCCAACAGUACGUUUCAGGAUACAAGUGCCCAGUGGCAAGUGACUGUCCAUUCCAACGAUGAAUAUCUCACUGGAUUCCGGGAUCGAUUCAGUUUCCGCUUUCUAGGAAUUCGCUACGCUAAACAGCCCCGACGAUGGGACUAUUCCCAAGUAUAUAAGGGCACUGGCAAAAAAGCUUCUGCUCUCGACUAUGGCUCGGACUGCACACAAGGCACAACUGAGCAACAAAAUCCAAAAGAGCCAUCUCAAGCCUGUGAUGUUUGGAUUCACGGCGGAGCUUUCACCGGUGGCACUGGCAGUGACCCGACGUUUGAUGGCGGUAAUCUCGCCUCGAGAGGUGAUGUCGUUGUCGUCACAAUAAACUACCGUUUAGGAACGUUGGGGUUUCUCGCACUGGAUGAUGGCAAAACCAACGGGAACUACGGAUUAGCAGACCAGAUCACUGCGCUGGAGUGGGUUCGUCGGAAUAUUCAGGACUUCGGCGGCGACCCAGACAGAGUAACCAUCUUCGGCCAAUCAGCUGGAGCAGGCUCAGUGCGGGCACUACUUGCUUCUCCUGCAGCACGAGGUAAAAUUUCUGGUGCAAUUAUGCAGAGCAAUCUGGGUGGCUUGGCUUACGGCACAACCUACUCGAAGUACUAUACCAUCGCGCAGGCGAUGGACGUUGUGGGGAAUACUAUUCUCAACGAGACAAACUGCACAGAUGCUGUUUCACCGGUCGAGUGUUUGAGGCAACUCCCCGCGUCAACGAUUGCAAAUCUCGCUGACUCGGCGCGGUAUCUGGUCGUUGAUGGCGUCUACCUCCGAAGCUCGGAGCUGGAUUUAACAGACCCAGCAUCGACUGCCAGUGUACCUUUGAUGAUCGGUACGAUGAGAGACGAUGGAGCUGCCAUGAUUGGUUAUCCUGCUGUGGGACAAACUCUGAAAUCCUUCCUCAAUGACUCCGACCUGCCUGACUCAGUUGCACCAAGCCCACUCUUCCCCGUACCGUCAACCGCCAACGCUACGCUCGAUAUCUUCAAUACCUCCUCUCGUAUAGCGACAGAUGGAAUGUUCCGCUGUAUCGACGAAGCAACUGCACAUACAGCCUCGAGGACACAUAUAUUCCCUGAUAUCUACUACUACGAGUUUAACCGUUCAUACCAAAUGCCUGGCUGGUCACCUAAUGCCCCAGUGUGCAACGCUCCUAUCACAGACGAGUUUCCCAAUGGUGACCCCAGCCAGGAGUACUUUAAAUGUCAUUCUGGCGAGCUGUUCUACGUGUUUGGAAGUUUCCGCCGUCAGGGUUUGCCGUUCCGGGAUGAGUUCGAUCUACCUUUCGGGCAGUAUGUGCUGGAUUCUUGGGCGAGCUUUGCAAGGGUGGCUAGGCCUACACCCGACUUGGCUUUUUUAAAGGCAAGAGGAUAUGGUAACACGACUCGGGAAAUUGAAGCUACUGGGUUAUGGAAGCCGUUUGGUAAAGAAAGUCAGCUUCGGCUGCUUCAGUGGCCGUCCGGGAUGAGGGAUUUGGAUGAACUGGAACAAUGCCGUGCGCUGGAAUUGCCUUUGGAUUACUUUGCCUCUUAG